AUGUCCAAACUCUCUAACCUGGACUUCGUCCUUGACAUUACUGGAAAGAACUAUUUGUCAUGGAUUUUGGAUGCAGAAGUGCACCUUAGUGCCAAGACUUUGGGAAACACUAUUGUUCAAAACAACAAAGAAUCCCCUGAGGAUCGCAGCAAAGCCUUAAUUUUUCUCCGUCAUCACCUUGACGAGGCUUUGAAGUCCCAGUAUCUUACAGUGAAAGACCCAUACACUCUGUGGACAGAGCUGAAAGAUCCUUUUGAUCAUCAGAAGACAGUGAUUUUACCUCGUGCAAGGUAUGAGUGGAUGCAUCUGCGCCUCCAAGAUUUCAAGAGUGUAAGUGCAUACAAUUCAACACUUUUUCAAAUUGUCUCUCGUUUAAAACUAUGCGGUGAAACAGUUACUGAUGCUGAUCUUUUGGAGAAGACUUACUCCACCUUUCAUGCUUCAACAUCAAUAUCGUGA